AUGUCUAGCAAGGAAAGGUACAACUAUUUUUGCACGUUCACACCAGAGGGAAAGAUACUUCCAAUUGAAGGAGUCAUCCGGUCGACAGAACACGGCAGUUCCUGUGUGGCUCUCCAUAAUAAGAACAUGGCAGUGAUCAUUGCACAGCGAACAGGAAAAAAUGACAAGCUACUGAACGGGCAGACAAAGAUCAAGCAAAUAGACACCAACCUUGUCUACGUCUAUGCAGGCGUGACAAAUGACGGAAUGAAAUUCCAGCAUGUCCUAAGAGACGAGAUCCAGCUUGCCAACUACAAGUACGGCACACCCCUCCCAAUUAUGCAUCUUAUUGAGUCGCAGCAGUUCAACAAUGCGCUUGAAAUUAUGCGGUACGGAAGGCGUGCUUCUGGUAUCUCAGUUAUUCUCGCAGGAAUUGAUAAGGGGAAAAUAUCUGUGAUUGAGAUGGGCCCCACAGGCGAGGCAAUUCCUUGCUUUGGCUCGUGCAUUGGGUCAAGAGCGCAGUCUGCCAGAACCAUUUUAGAGUCGUACGACGGUGAGAUACUGGAUCUUUCAAAUGAGGACCUCCAGGCCCUUGCGCUUUCUGCGUUCAAGAAUGCCGUAAAUGAUCCAGAGGUGAUCUCCAAUGGACAGUUUGAUGUAUGCACAGUCUCACUCACAGAAGGCGUUAAACUUAUCCCCGGAUCGGAGAUAGAGGCAGGCUCAAUGUAA